CCACCACUCUGGAAAACCAAAAUAAGUACUGACUCCUUUUACAACAACCCAAAGAAUUAUCUUCCUGAUGUUGACCUCCUCCGUUCGCAAUACCCUAAAAAAUAAAAAAAUUGAAAGCGACACCAGCACGAAACGUUUAUACAAAACAUUUUCGUAGCAGCAUAACAUAAACAUACACAUACUAACAUACAUACUAAAAUCCAAGCGACACAACUUUUUACCCCCGUCGGACACGUACAACCGCGAUUGGCCACCACCACCUGUGUGCGGAGAUCGCGAGGAGGCAAGAAGCACGGCUGUUUUUUGGUUGUUUUUGUUACCUCCUUGUCAGCACGGCGGUCGUUACGUUAUGGAAGAGACACGACGCUCCAGUGUCAUGGACGUUGAUCCCGCUAGCCAAAGCGAGCCAGUCGUGGGAGGACCACAGGUGAGAUGAAGUUGUACUGGCAGAGAGUAGCCCGUGCUCCGGCUACUUUCAGGACGAUGAUAGAUAAAGGUGCUCGCUCAUGAUCGUCUUCAACACGUAUGAAUCUUUGUACUGCAGUUGCAUUUUUGAAGAUGACGACCAGCAUAAAUCGCUUAUUCAAUGUGAAAAUUAAUAUUCGACGAGAUGAACUUCUUUAGUUGUGCCCUUCAUCCCGCAAUCUGAAACUACUACAUCAGAUGAAUCCGUCGACUCCAAUCUCAACCUCCCGGGAGGUGGACCACGAAAGUUUACUACUUCCGUCCGUGAGCGAUUUAGAAACAAGCGCGGACAUGAUCAAUACGUGUACUACUAGUUCCCCAUCGGAUCGUUUUUCCGCUGGGGAUCUUGCUGACGCCAGUUGUGUACUUCAGGAGGAGAUG